AUGUCCAAAGGCACGGUUCUCAUCAGCGGCAUCAAUGGUUACAUAGCUGCGGUGACUGCCCAGCGCCUCCUCGAUGCCGGAUACUCUGUCCGUGGAACAGUUCGCAAAAGCUCAUCAGCAACAGCACUCAUCGAAGGUCCUCUAAAGAAAUACUUCGAAUCUGGAGCUUUCGAGGUAGUUGAAGUCCCAGACAUCACUGUAGACGGAGCAUUCGACGAAGCUGUCAAAGGCGUGACAACAAUCGCUCAUCUUGCAACCCCCGUCUCCUUCCACUUCAAAGACCCAGCUCCCAUCCUACACGCCGCCAUCCAAGGAACGCGCUCCAUCUUAGCAUCCGCACAAAAAGCAGGACCCCAGCUCCAAUCCUUCAUCCAUCUCUCUUCCAUCGUAGCUAUCCUCACCAACGCGCCCGCGCCCAGCACUCUCACCGAAGCGGAUUGGAACACGUGGGCUGAGCCCAUGAUAUCCCAAGGCGGUGACAAUAUCAGCGGCGUAGUCAUCUACGGAGCCAGCAAAACCGCCAGCGAGCGCGCGCUAUGGGCCUUCCGCGAUGAGCAGAAACCAAACUUCACUAUCACAGCGUUGAACCCCGUCUACGUCAUUGGACCGCCGUUGAUCUCGCCAAAAACCCCCAAAGACGUAGGUGAGACUGUCGCGCCAGUGUGGACUGUUUUCUCUGGCGCAUCGUACGCGACUGGCGCCAGUGCACCACACCCUACUGUUGACGUGCGCGAUGUUGCAGAUUUGGUGGGGGCUGUCAUCACCAAUGCUAAACAGUGCGAUGGUCAACGGUAUAUUGCGCGUGGUGCGUCGGCAAGCCCUCAGGCUAUGGCUGAUGUGCUGAGGAAGACAUUCCCUGAGGCCAAGGAUAGAAUUAUAGAAGGUGAACCUGGUGUUGGGUAUGAAGAGGACUAUCAAGUAGAUCCCCAGAAAGGGGUGGUCAUUGACAGCGAUAAAGCAAAGACUCUAUUGGGGAGAGAUUGGAUCUCGUUCGAACGCAGUGUGGUCGAUACGGCCAAAGCAUUUGUGCAUCUGCUGUAAGAAUGUUGGUUCGAUUAAUGGUCUUGUUGGUGCUCGAGCAAAGGUAUAAAGACCU